GAACAAGUAUUUAUUAACAACAGAUAUCCAAAUCGCCUUCCUUGAGAAUUUCGUAAAUUUAUAAUGUUGGAUGCAAAAACUAAAAAAAAACAAAAACAAGAUACGCGUAAAGUGGAUUAUCAGAAUCGUAUAAAAGCUGCAUUAAUUUGUCUGUAAGCUUCAGUGUAUCACACAACACGAUACUAUUCACAAUGGCUCGUUUCCUGUCAUUUGUUUUUGUUCUGACAAUCGUCGCCUGUGUGUUUGCGGCGCCAGAACCAAAACACUACUCUGGGUCCGCCGAGGCCCAUCACGGUAGUAUCGGCGUGGGCUCUGUGAGCGGUGGCAAGUUCGAGGGUGGAGCCUUCAGCAUCGGCCACGGCGGGAACAGCCAGGGCUAUGGAACCGGCGGCAGUGGCGGGCAACAUACCGGCAGCCAUUACCAUUGAUGAAAAGUCCGAAACUAGUCGGGCUACCCCGAUAAAUACGCGUGUGUUUGCCGUUACAACAUUUAAUAAUAAAUCUACUAACUAUCAAAUACAUACGUUACUAUCAAAAUAGAGAUUUAUUAAACAUAUUUCUUUGAUAUUACCUAAACAA